AUGAUUGUAGACCUACCCAAAGAUGGCAGCCAUGACUCUAUACUUGUAAUUGUGGACAGUUUCACCAAAUACAUCAUUUUGGUGGAAUGUUCCAAAAAACUCAAGGCACCAGAACUGGCAGAUCUUUUCCUGCGCCACAUUUGGAAGAAAUACAGCAUGCCAGAGAAAACUGUCUCAGACCAAGGACAAGUAUUCAAUAACAAGUUCCUGAAGGCCCUGUACCAACACCUUGGGAUAGAUCCUCACUACUUGUCCGCCUACCACCCACAGAGCAAUGGACAGACAGAACAUGUCAACCUGUUGGUAGAACACUUCCUAAGGGCAUACUCUGGAGUCAAUCAAAGGGACUGGGUCAAAUGGCUUCCCAUGGCAGAAUUCACUUACAACAAUGCAGUACACAGCGCAACUGGGAAGACCCCUUUCAAAGCCCUACAUGGGUGGGAACCCACACUAACGCCAAGCAAUGUGCCUAUGGACGUACCCAAAGCAGAUGAUCUGGCCACCCAAAUGGAGUCACAAUGGAAGGAAAUCAAAUUGGCUCUCCAGCAAUCCAAGUCACAAAUGAUAGCUGGAGAAGAAGGAAGCCCACUGGAGUUCAAGAUUGGGGAAGAAGCGUGGCUAGAUGCCAAGAACCUCAAACUCAAAACUCUGAGCCCCAAACUCACCAAACAAAGGGUGGGCCCCUUCAAAGUCAUAGAGAAAAUAUCCAACCAAGCAUACCAAUUAGAACUCCUGCCAUCUAUGCAAGUACACAAUGUCUUCUACAUGGGACUACUCUCUAAGGUCAGGAGAGAUGACAAAAGGGCCUUUGAAAAUAGACCACUGCCAGUGACAAUUGACAUGGAGGAAGAAUAUGAUGUAGAAGGGAUAACAGACAUGGAAAAACAAGACGGAAAAUGGCUCUUCAGGGUAAAAUGGAAAGGCUACAGAUCAGAGGAGAAUACCUGGGAACCAAGGGAAAACCUCAAAAACACCAAAAAAAUCCUGAAAAAAUUUGAGAAAGAUAUGAAAGAAAAGGCCCUUGGCACUGCCAAGGCCCUUAAAGGGGGGGCAGUGUUGUAG